UCAUAGGGCCCCCGGGCAAUAGGGGAUCAUGGGGCCCCUGUGUCCUUGCCCAAACUCAAAAAAGCCUAUGAAAAAGGUACCAGGGGCAUCUCAUGGGGCCCCCUACUAACCCUGGGCCCUCGGGCAGUGCCCAAGUUUCCAAAUGGUCAGUCCGCCCCUGGUCCUACACCACCACCAGCACCACAUCAUCAUUGUCCUCCCCCUUAGACAUGUUAUUACCAGCAGUCCGCCCCUGCCUACCACUGACACAGGGGUAUUUUUUUCACCCACAGAAAUAGGGAAAUUUUUUCCUUACACUGAUAUUG